CCUCCUGCAGCCCUUAAUACCUGACAGGCAGGACGCACUGUGGAGCUCUGCAGAGUUGUCUGUUUCGAGGACAGAGCCCAAGGGAAAGGGUGGUGUAGAACCAUGCACAUUGUUCUAGAACUUCUCCUGCUGGCAGGCAUCAUCAUCUACUCCUACUUGGAGUCACUGGUAAUGUUUUUCAUUCCCCGGAGAAGAAAAUCUGUGGCUGGACAGAUCGUUCUCAUCACCGGGGCUGGACAUGGAAUAGGCAGGCUGACCGCUCAUGAAUUUGCAAAGCGGAAAAGCAGAUUGGUCCUGUGGGACAUCAAUAAGCGUGGCGUUGAAGAAACUGCAGCCGAAUGCAGGAAACUGGGGGCCAUUGUGUAUGUGUUCGUGGUGGACUGCAGCAAUCGGAUGGAGAUUUACAACUCUGUAGAUCAGGUAAAGAAAGAAGUGGGUGAUGUUGAGAUCGUGGUAAAUAACGCUGGGGCAAUAUACCCAGCUGACCUACUUAGCACCAAGGAUGAGGAGAUUACCAAAACCUUCGAGGUCAACAUCCUAGGGCACUUUUGGAUCAUAAAAGCACUUCUCCCAUCGAUGCUAAGAAGAAACUCCGGCCACAUUGUCACAGUGGCCUCAGUGUGUGGCCACGGAGUGAUUCCUUAUCUCAUCCCAUAUUGCUCUAGCAAGUUUGCUGCAGUUGGUUUCCACAGAGCACUGACUGCAGAACUUGAAACCUUAGGGAAAACUGGUAUCAAAACCUCAUGUCUAUGCCCUGUGUUUGUGAAUACUGGCUUCACCAAAAACCCAAGUACAAGGUUGUGGCCUGUACUGGAGACAAGUGAAGUGGCAAGCAGUCUGAUAGAUGGAAUACUAACCAACAAGAAGAUGAUCUUCGUUCCAUCCUAUAUCAGUAUUUCUCUAGUACUGGAAAAAUUUCUUCCUGAACGUGCCUUAAAAGCUAUAAGUCGUAUACAGAACAUUCAAUUUGAAGCAAUUGUGGGCCACAAAACCAAAAUGAAGUAAUGUAUACGGAGACAAAUAACACACCAAUGCAUGAACCUAAGUUUAGAGUCAUGUUAAAGCUUUUUUUCACAUGUUUAAGUACUAUUGAUGUUUAAAAUGUAGUUUGGGCACUAGCAGCCAUCAAUGAGCAAGACUGAUUAGCUGUCCUUCUUGUCCUUUGUGCAUAUAGGCAUCUCAGCCUGUAGUGUUUGGUUAUGGCAAUGGGAAUAUAGCAAGCUAAUGUCUAUUCAACAAAAGAGUAGAAAGAUAAUCAGUGUGUUUUUAUAAAAUAAAUUACUAAAUAUCAAAACGUAGGCAAAGGGAUAAAGUAAUAAAGUCCUGGACAAAUGCUGACAAGUUGUAGUGAUUUCUGUUUUGAUGGGGGGUU